AUGCGGAGGUGGAAGUGGAGCGGCUGGCGCUCCCGAGGAGCUCCGCAACGCGAGGUUUCGGGCUCGUGGCUUUGCUUCCUCUGGGUCCCCUCUCCAGGGCCGCUCUGCAAGACGAAGAUGCCGAGGAGAGCGCCGCGGGGAGGGCGCUCCGGGCCGUGCGCGCUGCGCCCACAAAGGGCAGCAGUCCCGCCGCCCGGCGCCUCGUUGCGGGGGGGGGGGGGGGGGGGAGCUGAGGGCCGCUUUCCGGCACCCCGGAGAGUUGGAGACUGUUCUCCGGCCUCGGCCGCACGGGGGCGAGGCCAGGGGCCGGCGCGGCCGCUACUGCCGCGGCUCCGUCCCGCGCAGCCGCCGCCGCGGCCACCCCUGCUGCCCGCGCGCCGGCACUCGCCUGCCGGUCCUUGCCCGGCGCCGCUCACUCGCGCGCGCCACCCCACCCCCCGCCGCCGCCGCCGCCCGCGCACCCCGCUCGGCCUCCGCGAGCGCGACGGACGCGAGCCGCAGCCGCCGCCGCCACUCUCCUGGCGCUCGCCGCACGCGCUGCCAGGCUCUUCCCCGCCCGCGUCGUGGCCAAUCGGAGGCCACCGAGCUGCGGCGGUAGCCGGCCAGAUCCACGGCAACCGCCCGCCCCCGUCCCCCCCGAAGCACCCCGGUUUUGCUGCAGCCCGCGGGGGGUCGCCGGAGGGAAGUCGGGUGCGCGCAGCACCGCCCCGGCAGGUGGAGGGGCUGCGGGAAAUAAAAUUACUUGCACGGGAACUUGAUGGUUGGCAGGUUCCUCCUUGGACCGCGAUGGGGAAUCAGAGAUCAGGAAAGGGGACAAUGCCUCCUAGGCAGCCUAACACACGCUUCUUUUUCUGUUUUGUCAUUCUUUCGAGAUAG